AUGAGCCAAAACGUUAAAGCGAAAUUACGCAAACAACUCCAAGCAGCAGCAACAGCAGCAACCAGUAAGAACAAGACUGUUGUUGGAAUGAAGCAUUCUGUUGUUGCGAGUAGUAGUAGUGGUAGCACAGGAGGAGGGGAAAAAAGAAAUUCCUCGGAGGAUGGGAUGGAGGAGGAUUUUGAUGAAUCGUUUUUCAGUUAUAUGAAUGAGGAUUCUUCCGAUGAUGAAAUGUCUAUGGGAUAUAAAUUUGAUCCAUCCAUCUAUGGACAAGUAGAAAAGAAGAAUGGUAAUAAGGAGAGUAGUGUUUUUGAACUGGCUGGUGAAAAUGAUAGUGAGGACGAAUUGGCCAAACACUUGGUGUUUUCCACAAACAGUGAUAGUAGCGAUGAAGAAAUCCAAGUGAAAGACCUCAAGAAAAACAAGAGACAAAAGAAGGAAAAGCAAUCAAAACAACAACAAGAAGAAGAAAUUUCUGAAAUGCAAGAAGUUGAGGAAACUGAUGAAAUGGAACAUGACGAUGAGGUUAUUCCACAAUCUUCUUCUGAAAACACAAAAUCAAGCAAAGAUGAAAAUGAAUGGACAGAAAGUGAAUUGGCAGAAAUGGAAAAGAAACAAAAAGGUGCUUGGAAAAAAGUUAAUUUAGCCGAUGAAGAUGUUUUUGCAUGUGAGGGUUUAUAUUCGCUUGAAGUGAUGGACGCCAAUGACGAGAGUUACCAAGAAAUCAUGAGAAAACUUUACGGAGACGAUUUUGAUAAAUUCACUACUACUGCUUCAGCAACAAAGAAAGAAAACAAUGAAGAUCAUCAAGAAGAAAAAGCCACCACAGAUACAAAAACAACGGAAGCAAACCAAAGUAGAACACCUGAGGAAAUAAGAAAGGAACGAAAUAGAAAGAAGAGAGAGCGAAAGAAGAAAGCUCAGGAAAAGAAGUUAGCUGCUGCGGCUGCAUCUGGCCAAAGUGACAGCUCUACUUCAAACGAUAAACUAGAAGGAGAUUCACUAGAGGAAGAUGCACCAGAAUCCAACGCUGUUGAAGAGUCUGAAGAAACAGUGACAGCUUCAAACGAAGAGCAACCAAAACAAUCAAAAUCUCAAGAAACCAAGACGGAACCGGAAAAGAAAAAGAAGGAAAAGGCAGCUGACCUAAAAGUUGUAAAUGAAGAUGCUGAUUCCAUUUCCUUAGACGAGCUGAACGAAAAGAUGAAGGCAUGGAAUUUUGAUUCACAAUUCAUGCUUCACGAACAAAUUAUUCGUAAUUUAUAUCGAUUGGGUUUUUACACACCAACGCCCAUUCAAGAGGCAUCCAUUCCAAAGGCCUUGACAGAGAAGGCUGAUGUUUUAGCAGCAGCAGAGACAGGGUCUGGUAAAACUCUAGCAUUUGCUCUUCCAAUAAUUGAAGAGUUACUUCGAUUGAAAGAAAAAGGUGGAGAUACUCUUUCAACAUUUGAAGAUACUUCCUCCACACACACAGCAGUCGACGGUGUUGAUCUUAACGAAAUUGGUGUUAAUAACAAGCGAAAGAAAAUGCUACGUGACGUGAAAAAGGACAUGUUUAGACUGAAAUCUCUCAUUUUGUUACCAACCAGAGAAUUAGCAGUCCAAGUGUCUACUCACAUCCAAGCAGUGAUUAGAAAUACCCCUAUUAAGGUAGUGAGCUUGCUCGGAGGUCUAAACGAAGAGAAACAAAUCAGAGAAAUUCAUAUGUUGAAACCAGAUAUUAUUGUAGCCACUCCUGGAAGAUAUUGGUAUUAUAUUGACAAGGGAAUGUUUGCUUCCAACUCCAUUCUCGGUCUUCGAUUUUUGGUAAUUGAUGAAGCCGAUAGAAUGGUUGCUGAUGCUCACUUUUUCGAAUUGCAAUCCAUUUUGAGAUAUAUCACUGUAGAACGAUUCAAGAGAAGCCAACAGGCAAAUAUUUCACCAGAAGAAGUUCCCUCACUUCGAAAGUUUAUCUCAUCAGCCACUCUCACAUUCAUUGAUGACAAAUGGAAACAAAAACUUCAAGCCAUGUCACAAGAAGAACAAACAAAGCUUCAAACCGAUGCCGACAACUACACGUCUACACUGGACGAAGAAGACGAAGAAGAAGAACAGCAACCACAUGAAGAAGCAACUUCCGCAGAACAUAAGGUUGACAAACAAAAGAAGAAAAAGAAGAAGGAAAGCAAAAUUCAAAAGAUUAUUCAAAAGAUAUUGGCCAUCCUGGACAUGCAAAAUCCACUCAUUGUAGAUCUCACCACGUCCAAUCUCCUUGCUCACACUCUGCAAGAAGCUCACAUUGAAAGCACAAGAGAAGACAAAGUCUUGUACCUGUACUACUUUAUCACACUCUAUUCUGGACGUACGGUAGUUUUCACCAAUAAUAUUAAGGCAGUGAGAUUUAUUGGAAAUGUUUUGAAGGAAUUAUUUAUUAAGGGACCAAAUGCAAGUGAAAACAAAGCGAGUAUUGUUUCGCUGCAUGGUAAGAUGGAUCAACAAGCAAGAUUUAAAAAUUUGGAAAAAUUCAAGAAACUAGAAAAUUGUAUUCUCAUCACUACCGAUGUGUUUGCUCGAGGUAUUGAUAUUCCAGAUGUGGAAAAUGUGGUUCACUUUAAUUUACCUGCUGAUACCAAGACAUACAUUCAUCGGUGUGGCCGUUCAGGACGUGCAGGUAAACAAGGUUUCAGUUUAGCAAUUGUUGCUCCAGAGGAACGUAAACAAUAUUUCCAUAUUCUUCGUGACACAAACAGAGAAGAAUCUGGAUUACCAACAUUCCCAAUUUCAAACCCAGACUUGCUUGAAGUUUUACGUAAGCGUAUUCGUCUUGCCAUUGAAAUUGUAAAGCUUGAAGAAAAGAAAGCAGCCAAAACACAAGAACAAGAUUGGUUCACAAAACAAGCCAAAGCAUUGGAUAUUGAAUUAGAUGACACCUUCUUUAGAGAUUUGAAACGAGAUCGUGAUUCAAAGAUGAAAGGACUCUCUAAACAGCAAGAACAAAAUCUUGCAAGAAUGAAGAACGAGCUGGCAGCUCUAUUGAAACAAAAUGUGUUCAUGCAAACGAAAACAAGUCAGAGUGGAUCCUCUCGAUUGUUCACUGUAGGUGAUCCAAGAAGUAUUGAUCUCAUUAAGGCACGUUUAAGCAAAGCGAGAACGGAGAGAGCAAGAAGUGAUUUGGAAAGACAAAUGGCUGCUGAUGAAGAAAAGAAACAGAAACAAUCUGGGGAAGGAUCGAAAAAGAGAAAGAGAAAAUCAAAGAAAGCCAAAGACUGUAAGAAGUUGAAACAAAACGAUGACAUGGAGGAUGAUGAAUAA